AUGAACCAUAGUAAAUCAACUACAUUUAGUGAUUUUUCACAAAGUCAAAUCAAAAAAGUUAAGGAUGCGUUUCAAAUUAUAGAUGAAGAUGGAGAUGGAACAAUAACAGAGCCUGAUUUGCUUAAAUUGUAUGAAGGCUUAGGUAAAGCUGAUAGUGUUGAAGAUAUUAAAAAGAUGUUGGAGCCAUUUAAUGGUUCUGUAACUUUUACCAAUUUUUUAUCUUUAAUGGGUCAGCUUGUAGGAGACAUGCCAGAGGAAAAUGAAAUAAUCGAGGCAUUUAAAGUUUUUGGUGAGCAUGAUACCAAAACAGAAAAUGAUAGUUUUGUUGGUGCUGGUAAUGCAGACCAACUGAAUGUGGAUUAUGACGAAUUAAUUGCAUAUUUAAAAAUAGUUGGGUUUGAUAAGGAUGAAGAUAUAAAUAGGGCCUUAAAAAACUUUGUAACUGUUAAUAAACUAACAGGAAAAAGUACAUUCAAAGGCGAAAAAUUCUUAGCUAUCAUCUCUGAAUAA